GUGUUUGAGAAUGAUCUGAAGAAGAACAACAUUCGUUCUGUGCUAGAACAAAUCCGAGACAAAAACGAGGUCGACCCAGAAGUGCCACUCUCAGAAUUACUCAGUCUUGAGAAUCGUUGGGAGAUCUUGCACACUUGGGCUGAACAACGAAAGAUAUUUCUUCAAGAAACUCUGCAGAAAUGGAAAGCUUUCAGACUAGAGCAACUUGCCUUGGUGGAUUGGAUAGACAAGAAAGAUUCCGAGCUCAAGGAACUCGACACUCCUGUGAAUUUAGCUGAUGAAAAUGCUGUACAGGAAAAAACGGAAACAUUAAGGGUAAGAGACUGGAAAUGAUAUAUAUUGUUUGAGUUUACAUCAGAUUUUCCUUAACCCUCGUGUCAAAUAUGAUCUUGCAACGUCUUGUAAAACUAUGUUUAUUAUUUAUAUCCGCUACAAUACGGACGCGAAUGUUGUAAUUAGCUUGUGAUAAGUCUUGAUGAGAACAUUUGUUUUCUUCAACAAUAUAAAAUAAUUUUAUUAAUAAUCUAUUUUGUAUUUGCAGAACCUGCAGAUAGAUGUCAGUCAACAUUCUCCAAAUCUUGAUCACUUUAAGAUCUCGGGAAAAGCUUUGCUUGAAGACCUUCAGCCCGAAUCAGAAGGCUACGAGCAAGUGGCUAAACAGAUUGAAGAUUUUGAUAAUUGUUGGAAGAAACUCGAGAAAGAUAUUGCAGAUAAAAUUGAAAAGGUGAGAAUAAAAUUUUUUGCGGUCGAUCUAUUGUACCACAGGACUAAUUAGGUUUAAUUUUUACUGGACCUCUAGGGAGAACAGUUUAGAACUGAUAGAGCUAUCCAGUAUAAAUAAAGUUAGUUUAGUUUAGGUUUCCUCCUGUAGUAAUACUGGAUCAAUAAGAGAUGAUCCUUCUGUACCUCUAGGAAGAACAGUUUAGAACUGAUAGAGCUAUCCAGUAUAAAUAAAGUUAGUUUAGUUUAGGUUUCCUCCUGUAGUAAUACUGGAUCAAUAAGAGAUGAUUCUUACUGGACCUCUAGGAAGAACAGUUUAGAACUGAUAGAGCUAUCCAGUAUAAAUAAAUAAAGUUAGUUUAAUUUAGGUUUCCUCCUGUAGUAACACUGGUUUAGUAAGAGGUAAUCCUUACUGGACUUCUAGGAAGUAGAGUUUAGAACUGGUAGAGCUAUCCAGUAUCAUUAAAAUAACAUGUAGUUUAUACUCCUAGGGUGCACACACGGGAUAGUUUACAGAUUACAAAGUAACUUUUCUGGUUUUAAGAUAUUGAUGGCCAUGUAUUAACUGAUAAUUGAUCCUUUGAAUUUCAAAUAGAUGGAGAAAUCAAACCGAACAAUCAAAGCAAUCUACUCCUACAUGGACAUCGUCAGCAAUUGGCUGGAUGACACUGACGGAAAACUGAAGAAAAUAGACUCUACCAGUGAACAAUUACGACAUGUCAGUGUCUCGCCUUUCAGUUUCAUUGGUGAUCACAGUGUAGACGGCACUCCUAAGAAAGAGCCUGAGGAUGAGGUGAAUGAAGACGAGCAGGCGGAAGAAAAGACUGGGGAGGAAUCUGAGGAUACAGAGGAACCCGAGGGGUUAAGUGCAGAUGAAAAGGAAGAACUGCGGGUUACAAUAGAAAAGAUGAAAGAUCAUAUCAAGGUUUGUGGUAGAAAUGUAUUUACGUCAUAUAUCUGCAUCAUUUAUCAUUAAAGCCCAGGUCAAGCAAAGAUAAGCGUUGAUGGGGGUUGGCGGUCACGCGUUGUUACAGGGGAUAUUUCAAACUCUAAAUUAACAAAAUGAAAGUUUGAUGCGUGUUCCAACUAUGUUUUAAUUUCAAUAGAAUACAUGAUAGUGUUGGGAAAGCAUUAAGAACAGCUAACCAAGAUCACGCGACUGUCAACUCUCAUGCACUCUCACCCUCGUCAGGUCGUUUGACAACAUAUGACAAUGCAUUGACAAUGCUAGUGAUUCUAACAAAUCUAACUCCCUAGUAGCAGUCCAGUACUGAACUAGUUUUUCACCAAAACACAACUGGAGUAACUCGAAAUACUGCAGUGUUUGGUAGAGUGAAACUGGAAGCACUCUUCUCACAUGUGACUGAGGUGAAAUUAUAAUCUGACAACUGUAUAUUGCAGGAAUCAAACCUCAGUCACAGAGCUGAAAGACACAUGCACAUUCCCUUCAUUGAUCUUAUUUCCACAUGUUUAGGCUAAUUCUCAUGUCAAAGAUCUAAAUAAAGCCCGUAUUGACCGUGUUCGACUUCUGGUGGAUGAUAUUCAUACGGAUAUUGAUGAGGAUGGAGUAAACUUGAUGGAGGAAAGGAUUUGUGAGAUUGGAGAGAGAUAUGAGCAUAUUGAUACACGACUUGAUCACAUCCUUCAAAAAGAGGUUGGUGGCUAGAGUAUCAAUUUUAUCCGUAAAGUACUUCUAGUAUUGCCUAAAGUAGUACAAAGUGUGCGGAGAGUGAUUUGUUGCACAGAUUCACGCUUUUACUGUUUUCAAAGGAGCAUUUAUCUUUCCAGAAAACAGCACAAAAUGUGUUCAAUUCAGUUGCUUUAAAAUAAUCUAAACUAAACUAAACAAAAAUAAAUUUAUUUAUACUGAAUUUGCUCUAUCAGUUUUAAACUGUUCUCCCAGUAAGGUCAUCUCUUAUUUAUACUGGAUAGCUCUAUCAGUUCUAAACUGUUCGUUCUAGAGUUUCAGUAAGGAUAAUCUUUUAUUGAUCCAGUGUUACUACUGGAGAAAACCUAAACUAAACUACAGUAACUUGAGUUACUAGUUUCUAAACUGUUCGUUCUAAAGGUCCAGUAAGGAUAAUCGUUUAUUGGCAAGGCCUGUAUUUAAUCGCCAUAAUACAUAUUUAGUACAGAAUAUUAUAUCAAGACGAUGACUUCUUUUCCAUUGUAGAAACCUGAAGAUACUCCAAGUGAACCUGAACUUGUCACAAUCAAGACCACCUCAGACCUUCAGUCUGCACCAGAUGAAGAACAACUCCCCACAGAGGAUACACCCCAGGCAACUGACACUGUAGCGACAGACAGGACUCCUGUGGAGCCAUACAGUGGUAAAGUAACCCUGGAUCUCAAGGAAUGGAGAACUGUCACAAUAAGUCUUCGAGAGUUCCUCAACAGAAUGCAAUUGAACAUCCGAGAUGUUGAUAGUAAGAAUUACAAGGAGAUGCGGGAAUGUGAAGUUGAUACUAAGGUACAAUUAUUCGCAUAUUGGCUUGACAACAACCGUGUUACAACUUGUUCACAGAUCUGUAACGACUUGCGCUUAGGGACGGGUCAUUAUUUAUGUCUGGGGGUGGCACCGAAGAGAAGUGUUUUUCGUGGCAAAAUUUUUGCUGACCCAACCAUUAAAAAGUCAAAAAUUUGAUUACCCAACCUCAAAUAUCAAUUAAAAAAUAAAUACCCACCCCUGGCUUUACAAAACUUUACAAAAGGAUACCAUUCAGUUGUGACACAUGUCCUUUACCACUUCUGUGAAAUUUUCUGCAGUCUAAAGUUUCAUGUUGUCUGCACAUGUACUUUCUUUGGAGACAACAUUUGUCUCCCAACAAAUCGGAAAAUGGUCAAGAUAAUGACUCUGAUUAAUUCACAUAUUGUAUUGACAUAUAACUGUUGACAUUGCUUUUUAGUCUCCAAUAUUUGAGUGAGUCAUGCUUUGGAAAUGACAAUAAGUUUUUAUUACCCAACCCUUGAGUUGUUUUCUUUUUCAUUUGCCCAACCUUUUACUCACUCAAAAUUUUGUUUACCCAACCCUUUUCUCUUCGGUGCCACCCCCCGCCAUAAAUAAUGACCGCUCCCUAAUCUAAACUAUUAAUUUUUAUAUAGUUAUGUAAAUAGUGUUCUAGUCUUUGUUUUUAAUGUAUGUCUACUUAUUGUAUUGUAUCAGGUUGGUCUUCACAUGGGACUCAUGUCCUGUGGACCAUACCUUCAAUCAUUGUUAUAUACUUUAUAGCACUUUUGUAUAAUUGUAAAGCUAAUGGAUAAAAUGUGCAGCUAAUACUCCAUAUCAAUUCUAAAACGCAACACGCAGGAAUCUCCCAACGACAUGCACGCACAAAUUCAGGCAUUAGACAGAGUAAAAUAAUUGGCGCCCUUUAAUGGUUGGCAAAAAGAUACCCAGUGUUUUUCAUAUUGUGUGAGAAAUAUUGUUGACGUCAUGAUGACGCCAACAUGACGUCAUUAAACAUGCAAUUAUCAGUGAACUCUCUCUCUAUAUAUAUAUCUGGAGCAAGAAGUCAUUCGGCCUGUAAGGAAAGUGAAGGCAAGAUGGUGAAAUUAAUCCAAGUGGCACUCGCGUCGGAAUUUUGAUUUUCUUAUUUUCUUAAAAUGCUCUUAAAACUGUAUAGUAACUUGUUUUGAAGAUUUCUGUUCCCAUGCUUAGUUGUUGAGAUAUUUCAUUUUAAAUUUUUCUGAUUUGGUGUUGUGUACUCAGGUGAAUAAUAUGUUUGCGAUGUUACUCUGAGUGCAUAUCCACAUCGGGCGAGCUUGAAAAAUAUGCCCGGCCACGGUGGGAUUCGAACCUACGACCUUUGGAAUACUAGCCCAAUGCUCUCCCAACUGAGCUACGCGCUGACCGCGUACGAGAGGCAUUCACCCCCCUGAUAAUAUUCAAAAUGGUGGACGUCCAGGGGGGGGAAUGCCUCUCAAACGCGCACUGGCUAGGACCAUGGCGUCAGCAUUUUGAUGAUGAAUCAUGGCGUGGCAGCGGUUACUCGAGUCGACCUUCCGUGUACCUUAUUCUGUGUCAUUGACGUCACAUGGUUACAAACAAGAUAAAAUAUCUCAAGAACUAAGCAUGGGAACAAAAAUCUUCAAAACAAGUUACUAUACAGUUUUAAGAGCAUUUUUAGAAAAUAAGAAAAUUAUGACGCGAGUGCCACUUUAAUACUCUUCAAAUCGAAGUGAAAACACGAAAUUUUGGCGAAGUCCUUAAACAAUAGAAAGGGACUGGCACUGGACCACAGAAUACGUACAUACAGAGGUCUCAUUCAGGUUAAUUCAGGUUUUCAGUCCGCCAUGUUCUUAGCAAGUGCCCUAAAGAGAGGCCGUCACCCCCCUGAAAACAUAUUGAAAUUUAAUGUUCCAGGGGGGUGAAUGCCUCUCUUUACGGCACUUGGUAAGAACAUGGCCGCCAGCUAUUUUGGUAAAAACCAUAGCCUUAAAUGUCAGGCGUUCUUAUGAAGCCAAAAUAGUUUUUCUGAGUUAUGAGCAGAAAUACUUGACCCCAAACGUCGGGCUAUAUAUCAAAUUGAAGCUAUUCAAAAUUGCUAUUCGGUGUGGAAAUUUCAAGACUUCAGCGAAAAGAAAAAUAUUUAAAAAAUACGAAAACAACUGCAAAACGGCAAAUUAUCGGUAAUUAUGUUUGUAGUUUUUCAAUAUUUCCCUUUUAGCUAAAGUCUUGAAAUUUCUACACCAAAUAGCGUUUUUCAAUAGCUUCAAUUUGAUAUAUAGCCCAACGUUCAGUGUUGAGUAUUUCUGCUCAUAGCUCAGAAAAACUAAAAUGCACUGGCUUCAAUUUCCCCCCCUGAGUUAGCCUUCCAGUUUAUUUAUAGUUCAAUGGUAAAAACUACCUUACGGUUUUCCCACAGAAGUGAGACCUCUGUAUGUAAGUACUCUGUGACUGGACGUCAAUUCAGUUCACUACGUCAAUUUCCGCCAUCUUUAUCUUCACUUUUUGGACACGAGUUCAUAUUCCAGAUAUAUAUAUAGAGCUCACUAGCAUUUAUUUAUCAUUGCAGAGUUGGUUUGUGUGGAUACAUAUAAAAGCCAUGUUGACAAAUUUCAAUGAACCCUGA